UUGUCAAAUGUUUGUCAACACGUGCGGGGUUGGAAGUAGUUACAGGUUAUAGGGUUUUAUUAACGUAUAUAUAUUAUUUUGAUUACUGAAGAACUAUGUCUGUUCCGGAAAAAGUUCUUAUGCGAAAAAUUAAAAAUCGUGAAAAACAGAAGUUGAAACUAGUUAAGAAAAAGGAGGAGGAAAAAAAGCUAAAAGGUUAGUAAAACAAACUAAAAGUAGACAAAUCUAUCAAAAUUCUCAUUGUUGCAGAAUCUGAAGAGAUCCUAGGAAAAGGUGUUAAGAGAAGUCAGGAACAUGAUGACGAGGGCCCAUCUAAAAAAAAAAAUAAAUCAAAGAAGAAAAAGAAAGAACUCGAUUUGGAAAAAGUCUCCGUGAACGAUUCUGAUGGAGAACAGCCUCAAAUUGAAUCAGACGUAUCGUUGGAAAACCAAAAUGCUGAAACCAGCGAAACAGAUCUUCAAGAUGGGUUACCAGGAUCAAAGUCUGCAUUAGAAAUUCUAAGCAGUUCCACAUUUGAGUCACUCAAAGAUACAGUUUGUGAAAAUACGUUAAAAGCUAUUGAAGACAUGGGCUUCAAGACACUGACAGAAAUACAAGCGAGAUCCAUACCUCCACUGUUGGAAGGUAGAGAUUUAGUUGGAGCUGCAAAAACUGGCUCAGGAAAAACGCUUGCCUUUCUCAUUCCAGCCAUAGAUUUGAUCUACAAACUGAAAUUCAUGCCUCGAAACGGUACGGGUGUUAUCAUAAUUUCCCCUACACGAGAGUUAUCGAUGCAAACGUUCGGAGUCCUCAAGGAACUGAUGAAGUACCACCAUCACACAUAUGGUUUGGUCAUGGGGGGCACAGCUAGACAAACCGAGGCGCAAAAGCUCUCAAAAGGUAUCAAUAUUCUGGUUGCUACUCCUGGUAGGCUACUGGAUCAUUUGCAGAACACUCCGGAUUUCCUGUAUAAAAAUUUACAAUGUUUGAUAAUUGACGAAGCAGAUCGUAUAUUGGAAGUAGGUUUUGAAGAGGAAAUGAAACAGAUAAUUAAUCUUUUACCAAGUAACAAAAUGGAACGAGUGAUUUUUUUUCAUAUCAAUCUUUUUCAGGGCAAACAAAAACAAACUAAACGUACGACCACCUUUUUCCAAUUCUGCAAUGCGGAAACGGGGAUCCUUCUCUGUACGGACGUUGCUGCUAGAGGGUUGGACAUCCCUGCCGUAGACUGGAUUGUUCAAUACGACCCUCCAGAUGAUCCCAAGGAGUACAUUCACCGAGUCGGAAGAACGGCCAGAGGCGAGGGGAGCAGCGGGCACGCUCUUUUGAUCCUCAGGCCUGAAGAGCUUGGAUUUUUGAGGUAUCUGAAGCAAGCUAAAGUGCCCCUGAACGAGUUUGAGUUUAGUUGGAGCAAAAUAUCUGAUAUCCAGGCACAGCUGGAACAACUCAUCGGGAAGAAUUACUUUUUGAACAUGUCUGCGAAAGAGGCUUUCAAAGCUUAUACGAGGGCCUACGAUUCUCACCAUUUGAAAACGAUAUUCGACAUAAGCACUCUGGACCUGGCUAAGGUAGCCCUGUCUUUUGGAUUCAAGGUGCCGCCAGCUGUAGAUUUGAAAGUUUCUGUGAAAAAGGGCGAGCGCCCCGAGAAACGAACAGGAGGGGGAGGAUUCGGCUAUUACAAGAAUAUGAACUCGGUGGAUUCCAAAACCUUUAGGAAGAAUACAGUGUAUAGACAGAUACAGAAGAAGAGGCCCAACGGGGAGAGGAGACAGUUCGCCAGAUGAUGUUUCUAUUGUUGUUUUCUUAUAAGAAUAAAUUGUAUAUUCUUUU